UGGGGGAAAAGGGACGACAUCCUUUACACUAGAAGAUUGAGAAAGAAUCAGUGAGGACAAGUCGUGAGUUGGUUUGGUGGAGUGGUACACUACAGGAUAUCCUCGCCCUUUUCCAGAAAGGUAUAAUCGCCUAAAUUAGGGUUAUCAACAAACGGAUUCAUCAAGAUUCUCUCCCGCCCAAGGAUGAAGCUCAAGCAAUUAGAGUCCUUACUCGAUCAAAUUCAACAGUUCUCCAAUCCAAAGGUUGAGCUGGAGCAGUAUCCCACUGGACCUCACAUUGCUUCUCGCAUGUUGUACACCGCAGAGAAUUCUUUUGGAGAUGUGAGUGGCAAGAUAGUGGCUGAUCUGGGUUGUGGUUGUGGUACAUUAGGAGCUGCAGCUGGACUUUUGGGUGCAGAACAUGUUACUGGAAUUGACAUCGAUACCGAGUCUCUUGAAAUAGCAUCUUCCAAUGCAGAGUAUCUUGAGUUGGAAAUGGACUUGGUUCAGUGUGAUGUGAAGAACUUGGGAUGGAGAGGUCAGGUUGUUGAUACAAUUGUAAUGAAUCCUCCAUUUGGAACACGACGAAAGGGUGCAGAUAUGGAAUUUCUUUCCGCAGCUUUGAAGCAUGCAUCCAAAGCCGUUUAUUCUUUACACAAGACCUCAACAAGAGAUCAUAUAAAGCGUGCGGCUUUGCGGGAUUAUGGCGCCCAAAGUGCUGAGGUUUUGUGCCAGCUUCGAUAUGACUUGCCCCAACUUUACAAAUUUCACAAGAGAAAAGAGGUGGACAUUGCCGUGGACCUUUGGCGAUUUGUACCGAGAAGUCCUCAGAAAAAUGGUGUCUAGGGACUGUCGUACAUGAAGUUCAUGCCAUGUCCUGCACACGCGUAAAGUGAUCACAUCAAACUUCUGUUGUCGCGACUGGAAGGAUGAGAAUCUGUAGAAUGUUCAUAUAUUUCUUGCACAUUUGCUAAAAAAAUUGUGGUACUUAGUUCUUAGGUCUUGGAAUUCAGUGGAAAAUCUUCACCUUUUUCCCUGCCAUUUUUGUUUGUUAGUGCUUGUUAAUGGAUAUGGAAUUUUCAUUGUAAAACAUCAACUCUUCUUCUGGAAAAGAAUUGUAAUGGUUAAAGAAAAGAAAGAACAACAUUAUUAGUAU